AUGGAUAGCGAUGUGGUCGCGCAGUUUUCUGAAAUCACCGGCUCGAAGCCGGAGCUUGCAGCCCAGUACCUGCAGCUGACCGACUUCAACAUUGAGCAGGCAAUGCAGCUUUACUUUGAGAACGACGGUGCGGAGCUCACGCGCGAUCCGGCUCCAUUGCCUUCUACAGCAGACAGAGCGUCUCGUCCCACAGGCUAUGAAGAUGCGUCCGGGGUAGUACACAUUGAUUCUGAUGAGGACGAAGCUCAAUCUACGCCUCGAAACCCGGUAAAUACAUCGACGUUUGAAGAUGACGCGGCCAUGGCACGGCGCUUGCAAGAAGAAAUGUACGGUGGACAAGACCCAGCCGAUGAAGUACGUGCACCGAUGGCCCGCACGACCGAAACCCUUGUUGGACCGGGGGAGGACUUUGGUGAUGAUAUGCACGAGAGUAUCCUGGGGCAAAUUCGUGCCCGUCAACGACGAGCGAACCGACCUGGCAUCUUCAACCAACAAGAUACUGCGUCGAUAUGGACGGGCGAAGAUGAGGCGGAAGCUCACCGCGAAAGACUAGCAGAAGCGACAGGAGGUGCAUCUGAAAGAAACAACAAGUCAAAUAUGCUCGCAGAGAUGUACCGCCCACCAUUCGAAAUCAUGUCACGGCUGCCUUGGGAUCUGGCUCGAGAAGAUGGCCGUGAGCACGAGAAGUGGCUCCUAGUAAAUAUCCAGGAUCCCUCAAUCUUCGACUGUCAAGUCUUGAACCGGGACUUGUGGAAGGACGCCAAUGUCAGAGAAACCAUCCAAGAACACUUCAUAUUCCUGCAGUACACUAAAGACGAUCCCCGCGCCGCGCCGUACCUACAAUACUACUUCCAAGCCAGUGACGUCUCUAAUAAUUAUCCACACAUCGCCAUCGUUGACCCGCGGACAGGCGAGCAAAUGAAGGUCUGGUCAGGGCCGCCGGUAGUGAAGGCUGCAGACUUCCUGAUGCAGCUCCACGAGUUUCUUGACCGUUACAGUUUGAAACACAAUGUUCGAAACCCAGUGGCCAAACGGAAACCAGAAACCAAGGAGAAGAGCAUUGAUGCCAUGACGGAAGAGGAAAUGUUGGAACUAGCAAUGAAAAACAGUCUCGGCGCAGAGGCUGCGCAAACACGGAAGGUGGAAGACCCUGAUGACCUUACGCGAAGUACUGGCGAUGUCAAGGGCAAAGGUAGAGCGGUAGAUGAAGAUGACAUUGAAAUGGAUGAGGCUGGCGAAGGUGGAACUACAAACGCCGAGACAUCUGCAUUCUGGUCAAUUGCAACCGACCGGCCACACGCCGAACCUCCAGCUGACCCUGCGACCACAACUCGCAUUCAGUUCCGGCACCCAACCGGAAGAGUAAUCCGACGUUUUGCGCUGAAUGACCCGGUCAGGAGGAUCUACGAAUGGCUAAAGGCCGAACCUGUCUUGGAGGAGAAGGCUGGUCUUGAAUUCGAACUCAAUGCCAUGGGACGCAACUUGAUCGAUGCUCUUGACGUGAGCGUGGGGGAUGCCGGUCUGAAGAAUGGUACUAUCAUGAUCGGAUACAUCGAGAAUUAA